AUGCCCCAUUCAGGGGAGGGCUUCAGGGGAGCCCAAUCAGGGGAAGCCCAUCAGGUGGAUGACCCCAUCAGGGGAGGGGCCUUCAGGGGGAGGGCCAUCAGGGGAGGGCCAUUCAGGGGUGAGGGGCCCAUCAGGGCGCGGGAGCCCAUGCAGGGGGGAGGCCCUUUCAGGGGCGGAGGCCCCCAUCAGGGGGGAGGCGAGGCCUCAGGGGCGGGGCCCCAAAUCAAGGGGAAGCCCAUCAGGGAAGGCCCUUUCAGGGAAAAAACAGGGGACCAUCAUGGGGAGGGGGGCCUUUCAGGGGAGGGGGCCCAUCAGGGGAGGGCCUUCAGGGAGCCCAUCCCAGGGGAAAAAGUGAAACCACAGAAGUCUUGGGACGCCCCUGGUGGGCAGUGGCACUCAGCGGUUCCCAAGGCAUUGCAAAUAGAUGGACCUGAGAAUCAGUCCUCUGUCCUUAGAGAUUAUAUCGAAGAAUGGACGUCAGUAAUACAGAAGGCCUUUCUAAGUGUGGUAUGGAGGCCAUGCAUUCUGAGCGGACGUAAUAGCAACAAGGACCGAGUUAAGGCCAGAAGUAGUUAUAACUAA